AUGAAUCAAGACAGAAGAACUAGUGAUAUUUGGAAGCAUUUUUCUAAAGUUGACUCUAGUCAAGCUAAAUGUGAAAUUUGUAAAAAAAAAUAUUCGUACAAAACUAGUCUGUCAAACUUGAAAAAACAUCUCAACAAUUCUCAUUUGAUAUAUCUUUAUACUGAAAAUAAUACAUUACAGAAUGAGCCUGAUGUUGAUGUCGUCAAUCCCGUACCUUCUACAUCUUCAUGUGUACAAACAGUAAGGGACCUUAGUAUAGGAAAAGAACCGGGCAGUAGUAUUGUUAAUCAGGCAACUGGUAUACAUGAGAUGACACCAAUUUUAAAACUGAAUCCGUUGAAACGUAGGCAGUUGGCAAUUACAAACUUUACUCCUAAAAAAAUUUCUGUUGACGGCCAAAAAAAAUUAGAUAAUUCACUCAUGAAACUUUUUAUAAAAGAUCUACAACCUUUUAGUGUGGUAGAAGAUACAGGAUUUAAAGAGUUUGUGAACAUGUUAAAUCCUGGCUACAAAAUUCCCAACCGGCAUUCGAUUUCCAAAACACUUAUUCCAGCAGCUUAUGAAAAAUGUGUGAAUGAGGUUAAAGAAACAAUAUCAAAUGAAUUAGUAACAGCUUGUUUGACGACUGAUUGCUGGACAUCUAGAGAUAACAAAAGUUACAUUGCCAUAACUGUUCAUUUUAUUGACAACAAUUUUAAUUUGAAGUCUAUAUUAUUAAGUUGUCAUUCAUUCAUUGAGAACCACACAAGUGAGAAUCUUGCUGAGCAAAUUAAUAAAACAUUAAAUGCAUGGAACUUGAAAAGUAAAAUUGUAUUUUCUGUAUCUGACAACGCUUACAACAUUCAAAAUGCAUUAGCACAGUUAAAAUUUAAACAUUUUGGUUGUUUUGCCCAUACACUUAAUCUGAUUGUCCAGUCUGCAUUAAAAAAAGAAAACGAUCUCAUUGAUAAAGUCAAAAACAUUUGUACUCAUUUUCGCAAAAGUACAAAUGCAAAUAACAAAUUAAUUGCAUAUCAAAAAAAUAUAGGGAUCGAUAAUCCACUAAAAGUCUUACAAGAUGUAGCCACGAGGUGGAAUGCUACAUUCUACAUGCUAGAGCGCUUUGUACAGCUGGAGACUUCUAUACGGGGAACAAUGGGACUUUUAGAUAAUGCGCCACCUUGUUUGAAUUCUGAUGAAUGGACAGCUAUCAAGGAGUUCUGUAACAUUUUACGACCUUUUGAAGAAGCUACUAGAGCAGUGAGUGGAGAUCAAUACAUGACUGCUUCAUUAGUUAUAGUUAUUGCUCAAGGGUUGAAAAAUGUCUGCGAACAAAUGAAAAAUGAAAAUUAUUCUCUCAGAACUUUAGGUUUAGUCAAUAAUUUAUUGAAUGGUAUGAGAGACCGCCAAAGCUGGAGAAAUAUUGAAAAUAGUAAGACCUUAAAAAUAUGUACAUUCCUUGAUCCACGGUUCAAAAUCAUACCAUUCAACCACAAUGAAAACAUGAUAAAUUCAGUAAAGAGUGAUAUAGUAGAGCGUACAGCACAGAUUAUUUCGAAAUCCAGAUCAGAAUCUACAUCGAUUGAAGAUGAACCACAGACGUCUAUCCAGCCAUCUGACACAUUGACGCCUGAAGUAAAGCGAUUUUCAAUUUGGGAAUCAAUCGAUAAAUGUGUUUCCCAAAUGCAGCCUUCAACUGGAACAUCAACUUCAAGGGCUAUAGUAGAGGUGCAACGUUAUUUAGAAGAACCAGUAUUAAAAAGAAACUGUGAUCCACUAAAAUGGUGGCAAGAUCACAAGUAUAAUUACCCAUUUUUAAAUGUUUUGGCCAGGAAGACGUUAUGUUGUCUAGGAUCGUCUGUUCCAUGCGAGCGGGUAUUUUCUAAAGCAGGCCUUUUAAUAUCUGAUCGCCGUUGUUGCUUAAACUCAAAAAAAGCAGAAAUGUUGUUGUUUUUAAAUCAAAAUGCAUAA